UGUUCUGGCUAGCUGUUUCAUUUUGAAUAUGCAAUGGUAUUUGGGUAAGAAAGUUGGAUGAUCAGUCUUGUAGUCUUCAUCAGAGGGAACCAUUCUGCUCAAAAGGAUCAGAUCAGGGCUUCAAUUCCUUUUUUGGGCAGAUGCUGUAAAUAUUUACAUAUUUUGCUUUAAAAGGGAAAAUUUACAAAUUUUCGCUAGAAAUAAGAGACGAAAGCUUCAUGGAAAGGCUUAUAAUGUCUUUGCACAUUGGAUAAAAACUCUAAGCUGUUCAGAAGCUGUCCUUGUACAUAUAUCUCUCGGUGUUCCUGUUUAUGUUGCAGAAGGAUUUUGUUCUUGUUGAGCUCCUGUAGUUACCACAGCGAGAAGCGCCGGCUCAGCUAACAGAUUGCACCACUUUCCAUUUUACCUGAUUUAGAGAUGAGUUCCUCAGCGAAAACAUUGAAAUCUGUGGAUUAUGAGAUCUUCGGGGAAGUGCAGGGCGUAUUUUUUCGAAAGAAUUGUGACGGCAGUGCAGCCAGAACCAUCCAGACCAAACACAAGAACAUAACCAGGAGCAGGAGUAGGCCAUCUGGCCCUUCAAACCUGCUCUGCCAUUCGUAUACUGAGGAACAAGCCAGAAAGCUAGGCCUGGUUGGCUGGGUAAAGAACACAGCGGGAGGUACAGUGACUGGACAGGUGCAAGGAUCAGUUGAAAAUGUCAACUUUAUGAUGAACUGGCUGAAAUCUGUGGGGAGCCCGAUGUCUCGGAUUGACAAAGCCCUUUUCACAAACGAGAGAGAGAUCUCCAAACUGGAUUUUAAUAAUUUCUCAACCAGAUAUUAAGAUGUUGCAACAAUUGAUGUUUGCUGGAACUUUGCUAAUAUGACCUUUAAUGCCAUACAGCUUGGAAAGGGAGAAAGAAGGGACAUUUGUUGAAUGUAAAGGUUUGGAGAGUAACUUACUUAGAGAGUAAGGGGUGUAAGUUGCUUUUUAUUGAUGACCUACUUGGUUGAUUUUGUUGUUUUCCCCCAAUAAAUUCUGAGCCUUUCCUGUCUUUCGGGUCUGGCAAUCAACCUCCAUGCAUUUCUUCUGUCUAAAAAAAUUUUAUGCUGACAACAUAUUCUGCUCCACCAAAGUUCUUAAGAUUUCAAUUCGUUCACCAGAUGCUGUAAGGAAUUUUGUUGAGCAGAGAUGCAGUACUCCCUUUCCCUUCAAUUAAAGUUAGUGACAAAUCACUCUGUCUCUCCAUCCUUCAUAAGACUUGUUUAUUGUAUUGUGGCUCCAUGUAGUCCAAGUAUUGGGAGUGUACAGCUCUAACUACCUCUUCACUUCAAUUUUAUGUUUUUUAAAGCAGAGAUCAGUCACCAGUCAUCUGCAGGUCACUUAUCUCUGAGUUUAUCCUGGUGCUUGGUGUAAUGUAGGUCACUUCAGCUGUCAGGACAAGAUAGAUUGGCCCAUUUGUGUCAUGAAUGCUGUUGGAGAGCUGAGUCUUGCAUACUAGAAUCAGCAGAACCAGAAUAACAUAAUGGUCUUUAAUAACUACUUAAAGCAACAUCACUGUUAGUAAUCUUUAAAGGUUAGAACUUACCAGCUUUAUAUUUUUGUUCAGAGUACUCAUUUUUGGUGUAAACUACCUUUGCUAAAUAGAAUAGUAAAUGUAAUUGUGAGGAUUGUCUGAAAUUAAUAGUUUAUGGGCAUCAUUGUGUACUUCAGUGUUGUUUGCAGGACUGAAUCAUGUAAUUAAAAUUGUUCUGUGGGCGACUUUCAAUGCAACUCUGACAGUGUGCAACAUAUUAGCCCCUGUGAAGUGUUACAUCAUUUUGAAUCCCUGAAGGUGACAGUUGAGAAAUUCCAAGUUGCUCAUCUAUUUUUCAACCCAGAAUAUCCUGUACAAGUAGAAACAAAAUGCUGCAGAUGCUGGAUCCUUCAAACAAAAACAUAAAAUGCAAGAAAUAUUGAACAGGUCAGGCAGCAUCUAUGGAGGAAGAAACCGCUAAUGUUUCAGGUUCAAGAGCCUGUGUCAGAACUGGCAAAAGAUAGAGAUGUAAUAAAUUUUAAGCACAUGCAUUGGCAGAGUGAAGGUGUCGAUAGGAGUGGGGAUCCUGGCACAGUGGUAGUAAAGUCACUGGACAAAUGUUGGAAUUUAGGUUCAAUUAAUAAAAUCUAGAAUUGAAAGUCAGUCCCAGAAAUGGUGACCAUGAAAUUAUUGUUGGAUGCCAUCUGGUUCGCUAAAGGGAAUAAAAUUGAUCAUCUUUACCCAGUCUGGCCUACAUGUGACACUAAAUCCACAACAGUGUGACUAAGUCUUAACUGCCCUCAAAUGGCUGAGCAAGACAAUCUAUUCAAGGGCAAUUAGGGAUCAUAGGAGCAAUUAGAGAUGGAAAACAAUGCCGAUUGUGUCAAUGAUCACCACUUCCUUAAAGAUGGUGAGGAGCAUUUAACUAAAAAUAAGGAGUAAAGUUGAUCCC